ACUGGGAACUCGGAAAUAAUUCAAAUGAUGACGUCAGUGAUCUUCAGGUCGGAAGGUCUGUGCUCUCCAGUUCCCACGUUGGAAUUCCGAGUUGGAUAACCUUUCAAAUUGAUUUUUUUCCCAGUCUGAGCUCGUUUUUUUUCGAGGUCCCAGUUAUUUUGAAUUCGGAAGUCAGAGAUUUCCGAGUUCCCAGUUGUGUUGAACGCGGCAUUAGCUACAACAACAUCUCACAUAUGCUAUGGUUGGUGUGCAGUGAUGGCUUUUAUAAAGAGGAAAGAACGAACGAAAGAAAGGUUUUCUCUCCUGUUGCUGGACCUGGAAGAGUAUUACUUUGAACAGCACACAGUGUAUCAUGUGACAACCAGUUCAGCCAAAAAAAGAAAGAUCAGAGGGUCUCUCAAAGUAUGCUCCAAAUCCAUCAUAUUUGAACCUGAGGACCAUGUGGAGCCCAUUUUAAAGAUUCCUCUCAGAGAUUGCAAAAAGAUUGAAGCGGUUGAAGAAAAGGACCAGAAUCCUUUCAAUGAGAGCAAACCAGCUGGCCUCACCAUUUUAUGCAAACAGGUUUACCUCAUCAAAGAGAACAAUGUCGUUGCACCUUACAGAGUUGAAAGGGGAGACAGUACCUUUCUCUUCCAUCUGGAAGUUUCCAGUAAAACGGAGGAUGUUGUCCAAACAUUACUUCAGCUGCAUAGGGCCUCUUGUCUGGACAAGCUUGGAGACCAGACUGCAAUGAUUGCUGCUAAUUUACAAUCCAGAUUGGCAAGAACUUCAUUUGACAAGAACAGCUUUCAGAAUGUUUCAGAAAUUCCACACAUGGAAUGCGAGGCGGAGAUGGUCACUCCAUUGGUUACGAACCCUGGUCACGUGUGUAUAACUGACCAAAGCCUCUACUUCCAACCACUCAAUGGCUAUCCUGAACAGGUAGUCCGAAUCGAGCUCCAUCGAGUGAAACAAAUCUAUAAGAGAAGGCAUGGACUCAGGCCAUUGGGGCUGGAGGUGUUCUGUACCGAAAACGACUUCUGCUCGGACAUCUAUCUGAAGUUUUACAAGACCAGCGACAGAAAUGACCUCUACUACUACAUCGCCACGUUUCUGGAGAACCACAUGGUGGAACACACAGCAGAGAGUUACAUGCUGCAGUGGCAGCGAGGUCACCUCAGUAACUACCAGUACCUUCUGCAUCUCAACAACCUGGCUGACCGCAGCGGCAAUGAUCUGUCUCAGUACCCCGUUUUCCCCUGGAUCAUCGCUGACUACAACAGCACAGAGCUUGAUAUGAUGAACCCCGCAACUUUCCGUGACCUGAGCAAGCCUGUGGGAGCGCUGAAUAAAGAGAGACUAGAGAGAUUGUUGUCCCGGUACAGAGACAUGCCUGAUCCUCGUUUCAUGUACGGCAGUCAUUACUCCUCUCCAGGCUAUGUGCUUUUCUACUUAGUCAGAGUUGCCCCAGACCACAUGCUGUGUCUUCAAAAUGGCCGCUAUGACAAUGCAGACCGCAUGUUCAAUAGCAUUGGAGAAACGUGGAAAAAUUGCUUAGAGGGUGCAACUGACUUCAAAGAGUUAAUCCCAGACUUCUAUGGGAAUGACCCCAGCUUUCUGCUAAACUGCCUUAGUCUGGAUUUGGGGAAGAGGCAAGGUGGAAGCUCGGUUCAAGAUGUAGUUCUUCCGCCAUGGGCUGCAGAUGCCAGUGAUUUCCUUCAGAAGAGUCAGAAAGCGCUGGAGAGUCAGUACGUGUCAGAACACCUGCACGAGUGGAUCGACCUGGUGUUUGGCUUCAAGCAAAAAGGAAGUGAAGCCGUGGCAGCCCACAAUGUGUUCCAUCCGUUGACAUAUGAGGGUGGCAUCGACUGUGAUAGUAUAGAGGACCCCAAUGAGAAGAUUGCCAUGUUGAUUCAGAUCCUGGAGUUUGGGCAAACCCCGACGCAACUGUUCACCACCCCACACCCACAGAGGAUAACACCCAGAUUCCAGAGCAUAUCGCGAACACCCAGUGUAAACACACCCCUCAACGAGCUUUCUCCAGCAUCCACCAGUGAGGACUCCUCCUUUGAAGACCUAACCGAAGAGACUAGGAGACUGGCUUGGAACAACAUAGCUAAACUCAAAUUGAUGUCCACCCACAAAAUCCAUAAAGAGGCUGUGACGGGCAUCGCAGUGACUCGGACCGCGUCGUCUGUCUUCACAACAUCACACGACUCAACACUGAAGAUGUUCUCCAGAGAAUCUAAUGGAUUGCAGAGAAGCAUGUCCUUCUCCAACAUGGCGUUAUCAUCGUGCUUGAUGCUACCAGAGGAUAAGGCCGUAGUCUGCUCCUCGUGGGACAAUAAUGUGUAUUUCUACUCGAUACCAUUUGGCAGGCGUCAGGACACGUUGAUGGGCCAUGAUGAUGCCAUCAGUAAGAUGUGCUGGAAGGACAACCAACUUUACACUGCAUCCUGGGACUCGACAGUCAAGGUUUGGCAAUGUGACUCUGCCGAUAUCGCGAAUAAUAAGAGAUGCCAAUUCCAGUUGCUGGCAGAGUUUGAACACGAAGCAGGGGUGAACACUAUUAACCUAAACCCAGCAGGUACUUUGUUGGUGUCGGGGACUAAGGAUGGAACCGUCACCAUUUGGGAUACCAGUAGCUCAGUACAACUUCAUCAAGUCCACUGCCAUUCAGGAAAGAUCCACGAUGUGGCCUUUAGUCCUGACAGCAGACACAUCUUGAGUGUAGGAGAGGACUCGUGUCUGAAGGUAAUCGACGUCCAGACGGGCAUGAUGAUCUCGUCUGUGCAAGCUGAUGAGGAGCAGCGGUGUUUCUGCUGGGACGGGAACACGGUCCUGUCGGGCGGUCAGUCCGGACACCUCCAGGUCCUGGACCUGCUAAGCAACAAAGUGACCACCAGGAUCCCUGGACAUUCAGGUGCAGUCACAGCGAUGUGGAUGAACGAGCAGUGUAGCACGGUGAUCACAGGUGGCGAAGACAAGCAGAUCAUCUUCUGGAAACUUGACUGUUGACCACGGUGCUAGAUAGUCCCUCUGUACGUGUAUGUACAGAGGUGAAGUCCAAGGGGGACACUCACAAUGAGACAUCUUUUAUACUGUCUGGCUCCAACCAAAGAGACUAUCAUCGUUGGUCAAGGUAACUACAUAGGCUGGCUGGCCUGCUGGCUGACUCACCCAGAGAUGGUAACGCAUUAUCAUUGCACAUAUGACUUUACAAAUAUACUGGUCCAGUUAGCAGGGACAACAAUCAUACUCCUGUCUGGAGUUCUCAAACAAAAUCUAAUUAUGAACAAUAUAACCAUCCUCAACUAUGUUAGCGUAACAACUUGGCCACCCUCAACCAUGUUAGCGUAACAACUUGACCACCCUCAACCAUGUUAGCGUAACAACUUGGCCACCCUCAACCAUGUUAGCGUAAUAACUUGGCCACCCUCAACCAUGUUAGCGUAACAACUUGGCCACCCUCAACCAUGUUAGCGUAACAACUUGGUCACCCUCAACCAUGUUAGCGUAACAACUUGGUCACCCUCAACCAUGUUAGCAUAACAACUUGGCCACCCUCAACCAUGUUAGCAUAAUAACUUGGCCAUCCUCAACCAUGUUGGCGUAACAUAUUGGCCAUCCUCAAUCAUGUUGGCGUAAUAACUUGGCCAUCCUCAACCAUGUUGGCGUAACAUAUUGGCCAUCCUCAAUCAUGUUGGCGUAACAUAUUGGCCAUCCUCAAUCAUGUUGGCGUAACAUAUUGGCCAUCCUCAAUCAUGUUGGCGUAACAUAUUGGCCAUCCUCAAUCAUGUUGGCGUAACAUAUUGGCCAUCCUCAAUCAUGUUGGCGUAACAUAUUGGCCAUCCUCAAUCAUGUUGGCGUAACAUAUUGGCCAUCCUCAACCAUGUUGGCGUAACAUAUUGGCCAUCCUCAAUCAUGUUGGCGUAACAUAUUGGCCAUCCUCAAUCAUGUUGGCGUAACAUAUUGGCCAUCCUCAAUCAUGUUGGCGUAACAUAUUGGCCAUCCUCAAUCAUGUUGGCGUAACAUAUUGGCCAUCCUCAAUCAUGUUGGCGUAACAUAUUGGCCAUCCUCAAUCAUGUUGGCGUAACAUAUUGGCCAUCCUCAAUCAUAUUGGCGUAACAUAUUGGCCAUCCUCAAUCAAGUUAGCCAAUAGAAAUGUCAAUUUGAACCUAGUGAGGGUGGUAUGGCGAUGAUUAGAUUCUGCACAUGCCCUCUUGCAGCAUUCCCUUGCUAAUUUUGCACUUCAAUGCUUUUGCCAGACUUACUGUACAGCAUGUUUUGCUUGUCUGUCUAUUGUUUAAGCGUUCAUUCAGUUGUCAUAGUGCCUUAGUGACUGACCAUUUAAUCAUGAUGUAAUUGACCGCAUAGUGGUCGGAAUAAACCUCUGGCACAAAACAAACUGUAUAGCAAGCAGUGUUUCAGAAAUACCCGCAGUAGAGAUUAUGACAAUAAAUAAAUGUACAAUGUAACACACUUUGAGCAGCUGGAAAAGCUCUAUAUAAAUCCACUCUAUUCAUAGUAUUAUUAAAUACACACAUGCUACAUAAAGAUAUAUGCAUUCGAUUUAUUUUCACCCACAAUUUUCAUUUGAGAGCAGCAGUAAUUCAUUGCUAAUGCAUGGGAAAUGUCCAAGAGUUAUUGUAGAUUUAAAAAUAAAUAAAAAAGGAAUAUAUUCAUGCACCUAACUGUUGAACUUAAACUGAGGCAUAAUUCAAAAUAAUGUUUAUAAGUGCUUUGGCCCAACUGUAUUUGGGGAACUGCUUUACAGUGACUGAGUAGACUCAGGAACUCUCACCCAUGCAAAGAGUGCAUUUCUUUCAAGUUUGUCAACCUUGUUAUAGCAAGAUAAAUAUGUGUGCUACUGAAGCGUUGUGCUAUGGCAUAGACUGCCAAUGCACUGUGUAACUAAUCAUAUACCACCCUGUACAUCCAUUUUAAUAGAGAUGACAUAUCUUGUUUUAUUACUUUAGAUUUUAUUUACAUUAUGUGGAGUUUAAACCUGUAUUAACAAGGUAGUUACAUAGCCAAGUACUGUAGAAUGUAAUUGCAGUAUUGGAACAUAGUUUUAAGUACUAUGAUACAUGUUUUCCAUUUGUGUAAAGUUACACAUUUAGACUUUUUUUAUACAUCGAAUUUGUGAGGGGGAAACCUCCAAUUUAGAUGUAGUUUAACCUCCCCUUUUCCUAUUGCUUUCGAUUGCACAGUUGUCUCCACUGUGAUCAGUUUAUUUGCGAGUCCUUGUAAUCCUUAGACCGGUGUAACAGUUGUAAGUAAUAUGUAACAAAAUGUACUCAGAAUCUAGUACCACUACUAGCGCUGUAAGUAAAAGCUGCCAGCAGCAUUUGGCCUAAUGGGAAGUAGCUAAAAACGAAGCAGUGCCCUCCUAGUGACGUAAGUGAAUGUAUUUGAGUGAGGUUGCUGAGACAAACUAUGCUGUAAAUCGGGAUGUCUACUAUCUUUCAUGCCUCAGGGCUAACAGUGUUAUGUUGCUGCAGUAUGUCCUCCCAGAUUUUGUGUACUGUACAGAUCCUGCUCAAUAAAAUAUUGCACAUCUGUGAAUAUAA